CCUUGACGGGUUUCUAGAUGCGGCUUUUCUGAGUUUUGUGCGCUUGUUUUCGAAAAUGAACAUUAGUGGAUUUGAAAUUAAUCACGGGACUGAGUUAAAAUUCUGUGGAAACCCAUGUUGCAGUUCCAUUACCCCUCUAUGUUUUGCCGGGAUCGAUACAUUGUGUGCUCGUAAUCGUUGCAAAACUAAUUGGUAUCAUUUUUCUCUUGGAGAGCAUGUUUGCUCCAGCUGUUAUGAGUUUUUGGACACUAACACUCCAAAAUACAGAUCUCAGUCGGUGAAUUGUGUCUGGCGUCAUAGAAUGAAUUCAUGGCAUCGAGAGUGGCUGAAGAAGUCAAGCCAGUUAGGUCGUCGUCGAAUUCUGAACGCGGCUAACUUUUUGGCUGCACAAAUGUUACCCUGGUGGUUAAAAUGUAAUAAAUGUGGUCUUUGGCGCCAGCUUCCACCACAGACCACUGUAGGGUCUUCGAAAUGCAAUUACCGACCUGAUAAGUUCACGUGUGCAGAUGUAGUAAAGUUCUCAAACAACCCUUGCUCCUGGCCUGUAGACGAACGCGCUAAAAUUGUCAUCAGUAGGCCCCAUGACUUUUUGGCAAGCAUGCAAACGCACGCUUGGUUACAAGCAUCACCUGCUCUGAAAGUUUCAUCGUCAUAUGGUGUCGACUUGGCUGGCUUGUCCCCUGAUCCACUUCCAGGUUCUACUGAUGAAGAUGAGAAAUCAGUGUCUUCUGACAGUCCUUUUAGUGUGUUUGAAGAGGAUGGGGCAUUUUCUCCGAUUGAUUUACACGCUUGGGAAAGAUUUUCAUUCUCAGAAAUGUCACGUUUUCCUACAUUGUACUUAGCUGUACGAAAUUUAGUUCUUUGUUUAUGGUUUCAUAAUCCCAAACACCUAAUAACCAGUAAAUUUGCAGCUAAUCACUGUUUUGUCCGGGGCUUACUACGUAUAGUUUUGUGUGAACACUGGAUACCACAUCUAAUUGAAGAAUUUACAUGUCGUGGUCUUAUCAACGUUGGUGUUUGUCAAAUAGAUCCGUUUGAUCUAGCGGUAGAGAGUGACCAGAUUGUCACUGGUGUUUCCAAAGAACAACAGCAACAACAACAAAUUCCUUCAAAAUUUCAAUUACGAUUAAUCGGUGAUUCAGAUUUGACAACUGCUGUAACUAUCCGUCAACUAUGGAAUGCACUUUAUCUACAUCAGUUACAUGUUCAAUCUAGUCAACAUGUUCAGUCACAACAACAAAAGCUUUAUUUCCCUGUAUCUAUCAAAUCAGUACCUUCUCCUAGUGUUGUUAGUGUAUUGUCAACAUUUACAAAUUCGUUAAAUAAUAACAAGCUUGCAGAAUUAAUGAUCCAGUUUUCCACUUUGAAUAAUACUAUUCAGAGCACUGUUGAAUUGUUUACAAACAAUGGAUUCGAUAAAAAUAUAUGUAAUAAUAAUAAUAAUAAUAAUAAUAAUAAUAAUAAUAAUGGUGAGAUGAAAAACUUAACAUCAAAUGUUAUAAUGUUAAAAAGGUCCAAACAAUAUCCUGUUUUAUCUAUCCCAUCUUUAAUGUCUCCUGUUCAAAUCGAUGAAAAUAAGAAUUUAUCAGGUAUAUUUGUACCACUACAUUCAUGGUCAGAUCGCAUCUAUACUUAUCCACAUCAUCCUGUGUCGAUAUUUGCUUGGCAAACAGGUUUGGAACUACAUCCUAUUGCAAAAUGUCUACUUUUACAACCGUCGUCAAGUGGAUUUGUAAUUGAUAAUAAUAAUAAUUCUGAUAAGGAUAAUAAUAUUAAUAAAUUCACACUUAUUCCAUCGAGUCAAUCUGUUCGUAUAGAAUUUCAUGUUGAAGCUAUCUUAGACUUAGUUAUUCAACUUUAUUCAGAUAAAACAAAUACUGAGAUCAAUCCGAAAUUAGAAGAAAUGGAAGGAGUGGAUCUUGUUACUGACAUCAAUAAGAAUGAUAAUAAUACUGUAUUGAAAUCCAUAACUCAUAGAUUGCUUGACAGAACUUCCUCAGUUGAAGAUUGCUGGGAUGAAAUGGAUGCAGAAGUUCGAAGACGCUUAACUGAUUUAACUGGAAACUCAAUUGAACAAAGUUUGAUUGAAUACUUUUUAGCUUCUGUUGAAUAUGAUUUAACCGAACCGUUAACAACAAAUUUUACAGAAUUAUCAAAGUCAUCAUCAUCUAUGCGAUAUUUACAACCACUAACAGCUCGUUUAGAUCAAUUACCAGUGUGUUGUUUUAAUGAGAAAACUGUCACAUCGACAACAGUAACAGCAGAGUUUAGUCAACAACAAUCAAACAAUUUAAAUAGUCAUAAUGAAAAUCUCACUGCCUAUGUUAUUCGUACACCGUCAUCAAUUAUGAAUUGUACUAAUGAAUCAAACAAUUGUUUGAUUCCAGGUCCUAUAAAUUAUUUACGGAAUUGUUUGAUGAAAGAUAUUAAUGAAAAUAUUACUUGUGAUGAUAAUGGUUUGAAUCAAUUAAUCUCAAUUAUUUUAGAAAAUAAUGAUUUCAAUGUAAAUACUAGUUCAUUAUCAUCCUCCUCAGAUGACAAUAUCAUCGAUGUUAAUAGUUCAAUGCAUAUUGUUUCCACUCCGUUGAAACAGUUUAAUUCUAUUGAUAACAGUAAUAAUAAUUAUACUAAAGAGAAAGUUAUUUCAGAUGAUUUGAAAAGUAUUCGUUUAAAUUAUACCAAUGGAACUGAACUUGUUGAUUGGGUAAUCGUGACAACUCCCAUUGAUCGAAUCCGUCUAUACUUUGUGCCCAAAUCUUUGGUAUCAAACGACAUGUUAAACCACUCUGUCCAAUAUUCAAAACAAACAUACCUAUCAAUCUAUUUACCCCCUUAUCUUCGGUCCUUUUUGAUUGAUGAACACUAUUUACUCAAGAAUGAACCAUACACUCUAGAUGUAAAUCGCUCAGUAGACAAGAAUAUUGGUCAAUACUCAACAAACGCUCGCCUAAUUACUAUCACAUUAGUUUAUUCGUCAAGUUGGUGGAGACAAUAUACUACUGAACGUUUUGUGAAUUCUGAUCCAAGCCAUACAGUUUCAUCUCAUGGAGAUAGCUUCAGUGAAUUAUUCUCAUUCCUUCCAGAUACUCGGGAAAACCGAGGGUUUUGUCAUGUGUUUCGUGAUCUACGUCCGGAUAUUAACUCUCCAGGGAUUUUACAAACUCAAUUGUUCGCAGCUUCAGCAGAUCAUUGGUGGGAUAAAACAGAUGUACUUUUACAGACUGCUGUGGAUCGAUAUUUAAAGACUCAUUUCAUGAUAUCAUCGUCAACAGAAGAAUCUCAAUUUUCUGAUCGAUUUCAUUUAUUAUCUUCAUAUGUCGCUCGUUUACAAGCUCCCAAUAUGAAUUACUCGAGGGAUUGUAUAUGUGUCGUCAAUAAUGAAGAAAAUGAUUAUAAAGAACAAUGGUUUCAUGUUAAACGGUCUGCUUGGAUGGAACUUGUAAAACGUACUGGGAUACUUAUUGUAAAUUUGAUACAGAAUGAAAAUUAUAUAGAUUAUGAUAGUCGGAAAGAAAAUUGUUUACAUAUCAAUAAUUAUCGUGCUAAUUGUCUAACUACAUCAGAAAUGAUUUACACGUCAAAUCCACUUCAUUAUUCAGGUAUGGAUGCAAUGACGUCGUCAGUACAAGCGGGUUUAGAACUGGCAAACUUAACUUUACACUUGUUGCCACAUAGAAAUCAAUUCCAUUCUAAAUUCUCUUCAUUAGUAUCUACUAAUGAAACAGUAAUUAGUGUUGACGAUCAAUCUAAUGAUACAUGUGAUCCUAAUUCCAAUGAGUCAUUCAAUAAUUCACAUUCCCAUCGAUCAUUAGAUGAUGCUGAAGUCGUUAAAUCAUCAUGGGGACGUGUACAAAAUUCAAAUUGUCAAUCUCCAGAAUCCUAUUUCAAUAAUAACGCGGAAUGUUUAAGUGCACGUACCAGACGCCUUUUGAAACGAAGGCAUUCUGAAUCAGAUCAAAAUCUUAUUUGUCUUGAGUGAUACAUUAACUUAUUUUAUAUGUGUCUUACUAGUUAUUAUAAUUAUUAUUACUAUGUAGAAUCCUAUCAUAUAUAUAACGUUCCUAGAUGUAUAUAUUAAUAAUAACUGUACUACAAAGUGCAAUUUACCUAUUUAUGACCAAUGAGACUAGUAAUACUAUUUUAAUAAUCGGUUUCGCUUUUACAUUUAUGAGAGAUUUUAGCCAAAAAAAUCAAGGAUGAGUGCGUUUAAAUAUGCCUACCUUUGUUUAUUUGUUCCUGUUUAAUUUUUGUUUAAAGUGUUCCACAUCUACCACGUAAUUUUCUUUGCCAAAUUAUAUUUAUCCUUUAAUAUUUUGUUAUCUACUACACAGAUGCACUUACUCCACACCUCUUUUUCUUAUUACACAUCUUAUUCAAUUUUCUCUUCACUAUGUAACUACUGUUUGUUUCCUUAUAUAUAUAUAUAUAUAUAUAUAUAUAUAAAAUCUAUGCUGUUUUAUUGGUUUAUGGAUUUCACACGUAUACAUGUGUAUUUAUAGAUGCAGAUGUGUGUAUAUGUAUUACCAUUUUGGUUUUCUGUAAAAAUUUUCUUUAUUAUGUUUUCGUUAUUAUUGUUGGUUCAUUACGUAAUGUAUGUCAUGAAAAAUAUGCCAACAUUUUAAUGAAUGAGAAUGUCUUUUUCGAAUAGUAAUAUUCUUCCUUUUCAUUCAAGUGUUAUGACUCAGUUGAAUGCGAUUCGAUGUUAAAUAAUACUAAUUGCAUUAUAAAUAAUCUUUAUUGUAGAAUAAAUAAAUGGUUUAUAGAUGAGGUUAGUGUUAAAAACAGGAUUGAAUAAAAAAUUGUGAAUUUUCGAAUGAAUAAUCUUUUUAAAUACACACCAUUGAGGAGUAUUAUAUUAGGAUAUAAUAACUAUUCAGUUCUGUUUGUUUUUCUUCCCAAAAUCUCCGUUACCAAUUGUUAUAUCCGCGUCGCUAAUUACUUAAACUUAAAACAAGGAAACUCUGUAAUGAAGACUGGUACAAGUGAAGAUUUAUUAGCUCCAAAACACGAAAACUACUAGUCGAAAAUGCACUCAUUUAUAUAUUGAUUCGCAUACACAUUUGAUUAUGAAUUAGUAAAACGUUACAUAUAGAAUUAUCACAAAAUUGCACUUUGCAUUUCAUGCUAAACAUAGUUCACGUUAAUCUAAUACAAGCAUAUCAUAUCUUCAACAAAACAUCACUCUGAAAGAAUCCAAUGUUAUACUGAAUAAAAUAGCAUAUUGAAAAUACAAUAAAUAUUACAAUUAAUAAUCAUCAUAUUGAAUUAAAAACUGAUGUUGAUCUUCAUUGUUGUGAAGUGUAGAAUAUAUUGGUAUAUGUGUAUAUAUCACUUAUUGUUAAUGUUGUUGGUACCUACGAUAAGGAUUUU